AUGACUACCGUUGCGCUCGCUCGACCAAUCCCGCCUCAUCGUCCCUCAUCUACCAUCACCCCACCACUGUCUCUCGAGUCCAGCUCCAGCUCCAGCUCUUCGCCAUGCUCCGUCCCAAUUCCUAAUAAACACCUCCCUAUAUGUCCCACUGGACCCGCCUGUCCCGACGAAAUCGAUACUCCGCCUCCAUCACCACCCUCCCAGGACCAGUUGCAACAAACUUCAGCUCUAUACCCUCUCGAUGGGUUCAAGCGCAUCGAUUCAGACGAGCUCUCCAUCUAUGAGAUUGACGGACCCAAAGUUGCAGAGGCUGUUGAUGUUGCUUCACGCCAGCCGUUGCCUGACCCUGGACUCGUCUUCCCGUGGUUCCAUGGCCUUCAUCCCCAAAACCAUGUUCAACAGUCCUUUUUUGCUGCCCGGCGACGUGCUUCGAGACCAACUCCCUCGUGUAUUCGAUCUCUCACUCUCGUCAAAGCUGAUGGAGACCUGAACUGCGCGCGACUGAAGGGCGCUGUUGCUCCCAAUGAAAUCAUUCAGGCCAACAACGCUGCCAGGUUCAUUGAGGCAGACCCAAGGGAGGGCUUUUCUGUACGGAAUUUUCAGAUCCAAACAGUGAAAACGGCGGUGCUUUCGGACAUAAUUGUUUAUGGUCGGGACUUGAAUAAGACUCGCAAAGUGGCGUGGGACAUUGCAGGUGCGCAGAAGCUUUGGCGUGAAAAACACGAGGACCAAGGCGAAUGGAUGCCAGAAUAUCACACGUUUAUCUGCACAAGUCCGUUUUCAAGUUUCGAGGAAAAUCAUCCCGAGAUCGUGGCUGUCGAUGAGGCCAGUCAUUUGACUGGCAAUGUCCUCGAUUUCUUUAGUCAGGAGAGGCGGGAGAUGUGGGCAAUGACCGAAGCCUCUGAAUUCUCCGAGAACGUUUUCAUGGGCCCUACUCCCGAACAAGGAAGCCCUGAAGAGCAAAAGUACGACAUUCUAAUCGAGUGUAGUGAUUUGGGGCGACUGAACCCCCUGGCUCUUCAACUGAUUGCUGAAAGUCCUGACGAUGAUCGCAAGCAGCAUUUUCUCGACUUUCCAUCUUCCGGCAGUAUCCUGCCACCAACGUGGUCGCACUCAGAAGCGGAUGGUAUUCUCGAAACCUGUAAAUGGAUCUAUCAUCUGGCACAUGGGUUGUACCCGGAGUCUGACCCAGCUAUGGCCAACGAUGUUGUGGACGCAGAGGGAGAUUCGCCCAUGCCCUCUGAUCACGAGUCUACUUUUGAGGUUAGACCUCGUAAGAUCUUACUUCACUGCGCUGACGGAUACACCGAGUCAACAAUGUUGAGCAUUGCGUACUUCAGCUACAGUACCGGACGGCCUGUUCCUGACGCAUGGCUGCAACUUCACACAGACAAGAAGCGGAACUUCUUCGCAUACCCGACGGAUGUUGCGCUGUUGACAUCUAUCACCCCUAGAUUGCUCCGGGAGUCACCUGUUUGCAAAGGACUCAGCUUAACAGAUAUAACUCAUUUGACAAGAGACGAACCAAGCUGGUUCGCUGCGCUGGAUGGGUCAUUCCCGAGUCGCGUUCUGGAUUAUAUGUACUUGGGCAACUUGGGCCAUGCAAACAACCCGGAGCUCCUGCGAGCGCUCGGGAUUACUCAGAUUCUCAGCGUCGGCGAGAUAGCCAUGUGGCGAGAGGGUGACCUGGAAAAAUGGGGUAAGGAGAACGUAUGCGUGGUGCAAGGGGUUCAAGACAACGGUAUCGACCCGUUGACUGAGGAAUUCGCUCGAUGUCUUGAAUUUAUCGAUCGUGGUCGACGGAAUGGCACUGCAACACUAGUACAUUGCCGUGUGGGAGUAUCCCGCAGUGCAACAAUUUGUAUCGCUGAGGUUAUGCGAGCAAAGCACAUGUCAUUCCCCCACGCAUACUGUUAUGUUAGAGCCCGCCGUCUGAACGUCAUCAUCCAACCUCAUCUUCGGUUUGCUUAUGAGCUGCUGAAGUACGAAGAGGCGCUCCAGCAGGAUGGUGACCCUCAUGCCGAGAUUCAGAGAACCUUGGAGUGGGCUGAAAUUGCACGAGAAAUCGCGCUUAUGAAUCGGCCAUACUCACGUUGA